CACUGGUUUAUGUAGAGCUAUCUGAUUCGUUGAGAGCGUCUUUUCCGCCAUUAGAGUCUGCAUUCGUACGCGCACAACAAUCCCUUAAAUUUUCGCAGAGAUGUUGAUCUGUUGUCGAGUAACCAAGAUGUGGGCUUCCACCAUUUCGUCUUGGGUUUGCAGAGAACUCAGCGGUUCUCAAUCUGGGUUCCUCCUCGGGCUGCUCAAGAAAUUUGCUGUAGCUCUACUUACUUGCGUUUUUGCUUUAGGUGGGGCUACCGUAGGAGUGAUUAGCGGAGCAAUCAAAGGGCAGACCACGGAAACCGGUCUUCUGCGAGGGUUUGGUGUUGGGGCAGUGGCUGGGGCCGUUACAGGCGUCCAAUUGAUGGAACUCAUUUUAAACGGAGAGCCAUUUUCCAAGGUUGCAUUAAUAUGUAGUUUGGUAAAUGGGAAGAUAUUUAUGGAAUGGGUGAGCCCUGCAGUGUUAAAGGCUUACCAAUGGCAGAUUAGCACUGUGGAAACAGGUUUGAGGGAGAUUUCUGAUAUUUUUGAGGUCAAUACCAUGAGGGGAUUAUCUCACGAAACAAUCCAGGGGUUGCCAACUUUUGAGUUUUCCAGAGCAGAGACUGCUCUGUCAUGUUCUGAUACAUGUUGCACCAUUUGCUUACAGGACUUCAAGAAUGGAGAAUGUACAAGGUUACUGCCAAGUUGUCGGCAUUUCUUCCACCUGCACUGCAUAGAUGAAUGGCUUACCCGGCAAGCUAGCUGCCCAAUAUGCAGAAAGGAUGUCUAAUGGCAAUCAGAAGAAGAAAAAAGUGGAAAACAUCCCAGUCCUAAGCCAACAUUAUAAGAGCAUAAUAUAGACAAAAUUGGCGGAGGCAUUGGCAAUUCAUGAACGUGACAGCUUUGGAGUUUUAAGCUAUCCUAGUUAUGGUUCCAAGCACAAUUUGCCAUCUCUUAGUAUGGAUGAAUGAACUUGUAACAGCUUAUAUAUGUGUCCAUAAAGAAAGGAGAGCUUUGUUGUAUAUGAAAGAUAUCAAAUUUAUCUAUGCAUUUGAUGAGUAUAUUUCUUACAUGUUUGGGAUUCCAUGUAAUUAGUGUUUGUUGUUAAGCACCAACCCCAUAUUAAUUUUCAGACCAUUACC